AUGAGCGCCGCACGACAGCGCAAGCCGCAGACAGCAGAGAAGGUGGCUCCAAAGCCGGCUAUGCGCCGGCCCAAGCCCAAGAGCCAGACCGCUGGCGUUGUGCGGAUCGCGCUGAUCGUGCUCUCUGGUGCUGCGAUGGUGUGGUUUGGUACCAAGCUCUGGCCCACGGUCAAGACGACAUUCAUCGCCAAGCCCCAGGUGGCCAAGACGCCGAUGGUGCUCCCCGGUAUGCGCUUCGGUAUGCUGUCGCCCUCGGACAGGCCUAGCGAUGUCCCCAAGAAGCUGCAUCUCGAGGCGGACGUCGAGAAGCGCGACGAGAUCCGCGAGGCGUUCGAGUGGAGUUACCACGCCUACGAGAAGUGUGCUUUUGGCCAGGAUGAGCUCCACCCCCUCUCGUGCGGCGGCUCGAACCUGUCGCACGUUGGUUCGAUCGGCUACACUGUCAUCGACUCGCUCGACUCGCUCCUGGUGAUGGACUUCAAGGACGAGUACCACCGCGCAGCAAAGUGGUGCCGCGACCACCUCGACUUUGACCGUGACGCGACGUUUAACACGUUUGAGACCACUAUCCGUGUUCUUGGCGGUCUCCUCGCCGCGCACUACCUGACCUCGAUCAGCAACGACCCGUCCAUUGCUGCUGACGCUCCGUUCUACCUCGAGCGUGCGACUGAUCUCGGUGACCGCCUCCUGGGCGCGUUUGAGACGCCCAGCGGCAUUCCUUACUCUGGCAUCAACCUGCACACCCGCAGCGGCGUCCCAGACCGCGACAACAAUGGCCUCGCGAGCCUGGCCGAGGCGGCGACCCUCCAGCUCGAGCUCAAGUACCUCUCGCACCUGACUGGCGACAUGACUUACUGGCGCAAGGCCGAGAGAGUGACCGCUGUUAUCCGCCAGCAGGUCGAGAACGACGGCAUUGCCCCCAUCUUUAUCAACCCCCAGAACGGCCAGUUUGUCGCGUCCGAGAUCCGCCUCGGCUCGCGCGGCGACUCGUACUACGAGUACCUCCUCAAGCAGUACCUCCAGACCGCGCGCCAGGAGACCGUCUACCGCGACAUGUACGACGAGGCCAUGUCCGGAAUCAAGAAGCUGCUUGUGGCCAAGACCAAGAAGAGCGGUCUUCUCUUCACCCAGGAACUCAAGCCUGCCCGUCACCCCCAGUCCGGCGAGAACACUUGGCAGAUUGUGCCCAAGCAGGACCACCUGGUCUGCUUCCUGGGCGGCUCGUUCAUCCUCGGCGUGACUGAGGGCGGCAACAAGGAGGACCUGGACUGGAAGAACCUUGACGAGAGGGACACUGAGGACUUUAUGCUCGGUUCUGGCCUCGUCAAGACUUGCGUCGACACGUACAACACCGCCACCGGUCUCGGCGCCGAGAUUGUCAUGUUCUACCACCACGAGGACGAAGAGUCCAAGACCGCAGACUGGUACAUCAAGCCCGGCCACAACCUCGUCGACGCCCGCAACAUUCUGCGUCCCGAGACUGUCGAGUCGCUCUUCCUGGCCUACCGCUCGACUGGCGACCAAAAGUACCGUGACUGGGGAUGGCAGAUCUUCCAGGCGUUCCAGAAGCACUGCCGCGUCGAGUCGGGCGGUUACGCCAUCAUCAAGGACGUCCAGAUCCUUCCUGCCGAGCAGGAGGACCGUAUGGAGACUUUCUGGCUGAGCGAGACGCUCAAGUACCUCUACCUCCUCUUCGACGACGGAGACCACAUUCCUCUGGACACGCACGUGUUCAACACCGAGGCGCACAUUCUGCCCGUGUUCGAGCCUGCCACCCUCACCGCUUUCUCUACGCUUUAG